AUUCCUAGUAUGGGUAACCAUACUUGGCCACAUGUCACGUCACUUUUUCACUUUAUCUAUCUCUGAUACGCAAUGGUGUGUUUACGUUGUUUUGUAACUGCACCGUCAUUAUGAUGCAGCAUAUCUUACUGUAAAUGGUCAUUUGUAAUGUUUAGUGUAGAUAAGACUCAAAACACGCAUUUGAGCCUUAUAUUAGCAGGUGAUGGCAGACCUUGGACUGAAGGAGGGGUACAGGGUGCUGCUGAUAUGGACUCAGCCUUCAUCUCCCACUGCACUGAAGGAGUUUGCUGAAAGCAUUGGCACUGUUGUUGGUAACCAGAGUCUGGUGUCUUUGGAGAACAUGGAGAGACUACAAUUGUCUUUUCAUGCAGCUUCUAGUUAUGACUGGGUUGUCUCAGGCCUGCUGACCGACAGCUCACCAAUCCACAGUUCAGAAAUGCUGGCUGAGAUCGCCAGAGUGAUGAAACCUGGUGGCAAACUUGUGCUAGAAGAGCCGGUGACAGGUUCUGAGGAUAAUAGUGUGAGAACCGCUGGGAAACUGAUGUCAGCUCUUAAACUGUCUGGAUUAGUAUCUGUUACUGAGGUAAAGACGGAGUCACUGAGCCCAGAAGCAGCCGCAGCACUGAGAGAACACACAGGGUUCCAUGGAAACACACAUUUAAGGGUGCGAUUGUCAGCAUCGAAACCUAACUUUGAGGUCGGAUCCUCGACGCAACUGAAACUUUCCUUUGGCAAGAAAACCACUACAACAGAGAAACCAGCUCUUGAUCCAAGCACCGCACAAAAGUGGCUCUUAUCAGCCAAUGAUAUGGACGAUGAUGAUGUGGAUUUGGUAGAUUCAGAUGCACUUUUGGAUGCUGAUGAUCUGAAAAAGCCUGACCCUUCCUCCCUCAAGGCUUCCUGUGGAGAUGACUCCAAAAAGAAAAAGACCUGCAAAAAUUGCACUUGUGGUCUUGCUGAGGAAUUGGAAAAGGAGAGUGAAGCCACUCAGAAAGCCAGCCAGCCCAAAUCAGCCUGUGGAAGUUGUUAUCUGGGUGAUGCCUUCCGAUGUGCCAGCUGUCCAUAUAUAGGCAUGCCUGCCUUCAAACCUGGGGAGAAGGUUCUGUUGGCCAACACUGAUAUAGCUGAUGCAUAGACAUUCACUUUUGACACAUUAAUACAUUCCGUUAUCAUUCUGCAACAUUGAGGCCCAGAUUACAUUUCCAUCGUUGUAAUCAACAGGGAUGCAGUUCACAGAGUGUCAUUUGACAAUUGAAUGCACUAAAGUUACCCGUACAAUAAAUACAUGACAAAAACUGAAAAGGUUAUGCACUGUUUGGUUUUAAAUGUAUCUUUUCCAUCAGAUUUUUAGCCUUUGUCAGAUAGCGUCCAGAGAUAUCACUGAAAUGUUCAAAAUAUAAAUAAAUAGCUGCAUUAUAUUAUCUCAUCCUUAUGUAUAAGAACGGAAUCUCCACUUUGAGUGUAAUUUGUUUUAUUUGAAAAGCAGUUGCUCAUGUAUUUUGCCUUCUGUAUAGAAUACAAUUAUUUUAAGCCAAAAUCAAAUGCUUAAUAAAAUUGGUUAAAAUAAUACAUGGACUUUUGCCUCAUUUUUUAUACUGCAAGACAACAUUUUAUAUCAGCAUCAUGAGACUUGUGUAGCAACAUACAGUUUGAUCUAUCAUAUAGUAUAUGAAAUCAGAAUUAAUCGGAUCGGAUGAAUUUAGAUGCAUUAUAACACAUCUGAUUGAUUAGAUAAGUUACUUAAGCUUCUUAUAGGGAGGAGAAAAACAGUUACAAGCUCAUGUAAGAAGUUCACAGUCACUAAAACUCUGGAUAAGCAUUGUCUUGGGGAAAAAUGUAAACAACUGAUGGCCUAGUUUAUUUGAGUCUUGUCAAAGUUCAGUGACAGAGAAGUCCAUUUUAAUAUCACCAGUAUGAGGUUCAAAGGUUAAAUUAUA